AUGACGAUAAACUUAGACCCUAAUAAAGUCUGGAUAGACGGCUGUUUUGAUUUCACACAUCAUGGGCAUGCAGGAGCUAUCUUGCAGGCUCGUCGAACUGUUUCAAAAGAACAUGGUAAACUUUUCUGUGGUGUGCAUACUGAUGCAGACAUUCAACACAACAAAGGACCACCUGUGAUGAAUUCUCUAGAAAGAUAUGAGCAUACUAGAUCAAAUAGAUGGUGUUCGCAAGUAGUUGAAGCCGCGCCGUAUGUCACAGAUCCCAAUUGGAUGGAUACGUAUCAUUGUCAAUAUGUUGUUCACGGUGACGACAUUACCUUAGAUGCUAAUGGGGAAGACUGCUAUAAACUAGUGAAAGAGAUGGGACGGUUUAAGGUGGUGAAAAGAACGUACGGUGUGAGUACUACGGAGAUUAUACAUAGAAUAUUGACGAAGAAUUCGUUGCCACCAACCCAUACUGAUUACUAUCCUAACAUCAAAGAAUUGAGUUUCUAUUCCGUCGCUGAAGACGCGGUUUCAAAACAUUGUUACGUUUUCCAAAGCGAUUUGAGUAAUGUCUUGGUUGAUGGUGGAUACACUUUCAACAUACGGGAUUGUGUUUAUGUUGACGGGGACUUUGACUUAUUCCAUAUGGGAGAUAUUGAUCAAUUAGAAAAGUUGAAAAUAGUUCUUCACCCCGACAAGAGAUUGAUCGUUGGUAUUACAACUAACGAUUACCUAAGUACCAUUAUGACAAUGAAGGAACGUGUCCUGAGUGUUUUAAGUUGCAGGUAUGUUGAUGCUGUUAUCAUCGAUCCUAAUGCUGCCUCACUAGCUCAAUGCGCCUGCGAAAAAUACCAUAUUGGCUCGGCUGUUCUGAAGGAAGGCGGAAAGUUUAGCGAAUACUUAACCAAAGAUCUCAUCGUCAAGAGGGUGGAAUCUCAAAGGGACGUGUACAUUGCGAGAAACCAAAGUAAAGGAAUGUCUGUCUAG